AUGGCAACCCAAAAUAGGAUGCGGAGUCAAUAAAUUGUAACCAUUCUAACGUUUCGUAAGCCAAGUAUAUAUGGGUAUACUUGCGACAAAGCCAUGGUUCAGGGUGAACAAGACGAUGGAUAGCAUAGCGAAAAAAUGGAGGCAUCUCAGUGGGCAGAAUAACUGGGAGGGCCUAUUGGAUCCUCUAGACAUUGACCUUCGUCGAUACAUCAUUCACUAUGGAGAAAUGGCUCAAGCAACUUAUGACACCUUCAAUUCUGAGAAGGCCUCUAGAUUUGCUGGAAGUAGCCGCUAUGCGAAGAAGGAUUUCUUCUCCAAGGUUGGUAUAGACAUAGGAAAUCCAUUCAAAUACCAUGUGACAAAGUACUUGUAUGCCACAUCAAAAAUCCAAGUCCCUGAUGGGUUCAUCAUAAAAUCAUUAUCAAGGGAGGCGUGGAGCAAGGAAUCAAACUGGAUGGGCUAUGUUGCAGUCGCAACAGAUGAGGGGAAGGCUGUAUUGGGGAGGAGGGACAUAGUGAUUGCCUGGAGAGGAACAGUGCAGACCCUGGAAUGGGUCAAUGAUUUUGAAUUCAAUUUAGUUUCAGCUUCAAAAAUACUUGGAGAGGCCGGCGGUGAGCCAAAGGUGCACCAAGGCUGGUAUUCCAUCUACACUUCUGAUGAUCCACUAUCGUCAUUCAGUAAGACCAGCGCCAGAGACCAGGUUCUGGGCGAGGUUAGAAGGCUAGUGGAAGAGUUCAAGAAUGAGGAAAUCAGCAUAACCCUCACAGGUCACAGCCUGGGUGCAGCAGUAGCAACGUUGAAUGCAGUGGACAUAGUUGCCAAUGGAUUGAACCAGGGCUGUCCAGUCACAGCCGUGGUAUUUGCAAGCCCCAGGGUGGGAGACUCAAACUUCCUGAAGCUCUUCUCCGGACUCAAAAAUCUUCGAGUUCUACGUGUCCGCAACGCCUCGGAUAUCAUCCCAAACUACCCAUUACUAGGCUACUCAGAUGUGGGAGAAGAGCUAGGAGUGGACACUCGCAAGUCCAAGUACUUGAAGAGUCCUGGAAACCUGUCAACUUGGCAUAACUUGGAGGCACACCUGCAUGGAGUCGCAGGAACACAGGGGAGUAGAGGAGGAUUCAGGUUGGAAGUUAAUCGUGAUAUCGCACUUGUAAACAAAUCUAGUGAUGCCUUAAACGACGAAUAUCUGGUUCCGGUUUCAUGGAGGUGUGAGAAGAACAAGGGUAUGGUUCAGCAGGUGGAUGGUUCUUGGAAGCUGAUGGAUCAUGAGGAAGAUGAUCUUGUGUUUUGAGCAGUGUUUUCAAGUUUGAGAUAUUACAAGCAGAGUCUGGCUUGGGUUAUUUAGGUCAUGAAGUGGGAGUUUGGUUGCGAUUUUUCCAUUAGUUCAAGGGAGCCUGGUGGGUCUGGAAAAGAUUACUAGGGUGAAAGCCUAUUUUCCCUGGACUUUGGGAAAGGCCAAUCAGUGACCAAAUCAGUGGAUACUGAAUUCCAAAAAACUAAUAAGUUAGGGAACUCUCUGUAUGAAAGACGAGAACUCUUUUCCCACAGGAUGUGAAAACUUUGAUACAUAAUGUAUUCUUGUCAUUGAAUCUGAUUUGAAAAG